GUCCACCUCAGACCAAAGUUUAGAAAGUGUGAGUGAGGGAGACCUUCACAAACCCCGUCCCAUUAGGGAAGGAGAAGAAGAAACGGGGGAAGGUGUAUUUAUUUAUUUAAGUCAUUUUUUGUUACUUUUGUACUUUUUUCUCUGAUGUGGAUUACUUGGAGCUGACACGCCAGGAUUAAAAGAGGAUAUUGUGUUUUUAUUGAAAGCUAUGGUGGCUUACGAUGAACUGGGUAGCUUGGUGCCUAUCAAACGGACUCUGCAAGUGAUAGACUACCAGAACCAAGCCAACAAAGAGUCAGAGGAACCCAGCAACAAGCGUGUCCGUCCUCUCGGCAGGGUGACGUCGCUAGCCAACCUCAUCUCUCCGGUAAAGAAUGGGGCCGUCCGGCGCUUCGGCCAAACCAUCCAGGCCUCAUUCCGGGGUGAUGGAAAGUCGCCGGGCGUGCCCCAGAAGCCUUGCAAUAAGGCAGCGGCCCCCACCCCGCCCAAAAGGAGGAACAGCACGUUGUGGUCAGAGACGCUAGAUGUCCACCAAAAGGGAACCUUCUCCACCAAAGAAAUUAAGAGACAAGAGGCCAUAUUUGAGCUGUCUCGUGGAGAACAGGACCUGAUUGAGGACCUCCAGCUUGCACGCAAGGCGUACCACGACCCAAUGCUGAAGCUCUCCAUCAUGUCCGAGGAGGAGCUGACUCAUAUCUUUGGCAACCUGGAUGCCUACAUCCCUCUACAUGAGGACCUGCUGGCACAGCUCUCAAAAGCCACUGGUCCAGAUGGGACAGUGGGGCAGAUCGGACAGAUUGUUGUUAGCUGGCUCCCCAGACUUAACGCCUACAAGGACUACUGCAGCAACCAGUUGGCAGCCAAAGCUCUGCUAGACCAGAAGAAGCAAGACCCACGGGUGCAGGACUUCCUGCAGCGUUGCCUGGAGUCCCCUUUCAGCCGGAAGCUGGAUCUGUGGAGCUUCCUGGACAUCCCACGGUCCCGCCUGGUCAAGUACCCACUGCUGCUCAAAGAAAUACUGAGACACACUCCAUCAGAGCACCCGGACACUGCCAGCCUGGAACAAGCUAUCACCGUCAUCCAGGGCGUUCUGUCUGACAUCAACAUGAAGAAGGGAGAGUCAGAGUGCCAGUACUACAUCGAUAAGCUGGAAUAUCUAGACGACAGGCAAAAGGACCCACGCAUGGAACAGUGCAAGAGUCUGCUGUGUCAUGGAGAGCUUCGUAAUAAGAGCGGAACGAAGCUGCAUGUGUUCCUGUUCACCGAACUGCUGGUUCUGACCCGUCCUGUCACCAGGAACGAGCGUCAGUGCUUCCAGGUUUAUCGACAGCCAAUCCCAGUGCAGGAUCUGGUGUUGGAGGACCUGCAGGAUGGAGACGUCAGAAUGGGCGGCUCCUUCCGAGGGGCGUUCAGCAACGCAGACAAAGCCAAGAACAUUUUCCGUGUUCGUUCCCAAGACCCGAGCCAGGCCCAGUCCCACACGCUGCAGGUAAACGAUGUUUUCCACAAGCAGCAGUGGCUCAACUGCCUCCGCAGCGCCAUUUCCGUCCACCAGCCGCUCAGCGAGCCCAGCACCCCCAGCCUGUCGGGGACCGACGCCCGCUCCAAGCGCCGCCCUUCCUCAGUGUCUGCCAUCGUCCACAUGGAGGAGACCGAUGAGAACUGCCCACAGCCGACCUCUCAGUCUGCUCCUAGCUCUCCAUGCAGCAACCCCGACCCCAGUCCCACCACCACCUCCCCUUCAUCCUGCUCACCUUCCUCCUCCUCGUCAUGUUCGUCAACAUCGUCAUCAUCUUCAUCACCGCUUUCCUUCCCUACAUCACACAAAUCCAAAAAGGACAAGAAGUCGCUGUGUUCUUUAGGGAAGCGGAAAGAGACGAUGGUUUGAAACGAGGCAGGAGAAAAUGGACUCCUGGUUGGACAUUUUGUUUUUGUACAUACGAAACGGCGCAAAAGAAGCGUGGGACUUGUAUUUAUGUGUGUCUGCGUGCGUGCGUAUUAUUACAACAGUGUUCUGCAUUACUGUCCUCUUCGGCAGCUAUUUACAUUACCCCUCCAUUCAAGUGCAUCCCACAGAGACACAGUAUUCUGCAGAGACGUGCACGACUUUCACCGGCUCUGAAAGAAAGGGAGGAAUGACAAAACACAUAUACACUUUUCAUAUGUGUGUUUGUUGACUUCUUGAAGAUAGAGGUGGUGCAUCCAAUCAUGUUUACUCUUAAAUUGAUAUUUAAGCAUUAUUUUAGACAUUGUGGGGGUAAUGAAAGUUUUACAUUUUUAUAUUUUAAAAUGUAGUAUUUUUUUAGGUAUCAUAAAGCAGCACUGUUUUAGCUUUUAGGUGAAGUUAUUUUAAAUUCUGAGCAUGUCAAAUGGGCAAGAAUGGAAAUGAAUCCCCUAAAAAAAGUUGAGAUGUAUCAUACAAAGCUACAAAUUUUUUCUGUAAAAGUUUUUCGAUUUAUCGUAGGUCUUAUUUUUAUACAUAAUACAUUCCUGCAAUGACAGAUGGUAGCAUCCGGACACUAUUUUAUUUUAUUUUUUGCAUUUAUUGCAGUCAGAGGCAUUAAUAUAAAUCCAUUCACAGUGGAGCAUUUAUUACUCCCAGUUGAAUAUGACUAUAAGAAAUCAUCAGACGACAAAAUCACAUCAGAGAAGAGCUGUGGAAUUUUGUUAAACACUAAAUUUUGAACUGAGCCAUGUUGGUUUUUUAAAAAAGCUGACUCUUCCAAAUGAAACCAAUCACUUUUCAGUGUAGCAUCUUGCAUGGAGCUUUAGUUGUGGACACUUCUUGUACCAGUAGAGGCAGCAGGAUGUAUUUACCUGUCCAGACAGAUGGGACAGUUAAAUGUGUACAAGACUGUUUGAGGAAAACAAAGAUUGUCUGAAGGCUGAAGAGCAAAAGAGAAAGGAUGGAAAAGCUGAGUUUUUGAAUGGAAAUGUAUUGUCGGUGCAAGAUGUUUAACUCCAUCAACGUUUUGUUUAAGUUGAUGUGAUCUCUUGCUUAAUGAUGGAUAAAAUCAAGUGAGUGUUGAUGAAGGAGAAAGUACGUAGGGGAAGGGAGAUGAAAAAUGAGGUUUGUGUAUGUGCAUAAGAGACUAUUGUUGUUAAAGGAAAAACAAGAGAAGAUAAAGGGCUGAACUGUAUGUAACUAAAAGAACAAUAAAGAUCUGUGUAAGAUUUGCAUCUGAA